GCCUUCUGCGGGAAAUUGACAGGUCAUCUCAGCUAAUCUUCAUAUGUUUAAAAAUCAACUCAUAUCUACUUGUAUCCAACUCAAACAUUUAUUAUAUUCAAGAAUGCACCUCAUACUUUUCAUUUAAAUAAUCUCUGCAAACCGAUAUACUUAUUCAGUUAAUCUCUAGAAACCACAAAUGUCUCUUUAAGUUUCUCAUCUUUGUUUCUUUACAAAUAAACCUGACAAAUAUAUAUCUACCUUGAAAGUAGUUGAACAACUGACGAUAUUCAAAAGAUAUAUAUAGAUAUAUAUUCCAUAUUACUGCAUUUCGCUAAAUGUUUAAACAUAUGAUUAAGUUUAUCAUUACUGGUUUAUUAGUCUUACUAAAUACUACUUUUUCAUUGAUUGCAUUUUACAUCGCUUUCCAUGGUGUUAACAAUAAUCAUUCUUUCCGAUCAUGGGAGAUUGGAUUCUCUGUAUUAAAUCAUUUUUCUAUUGGUCUUUUCAUAGGACUUUCAAUUGUUGGUUUAUAUAGUAGUUCAGCUGUUAAACUGCGAUUGGUUCAGGAGAAUUUUUUAAAAAAUAAUAUUAUCUUCCUUCAACAUUAUCCUAUUUCAGAGACAAUUUUUUGUCUUGGAAUAUUUUUUCUAUUUACAUUAGAAUGGUUCUUUCAAAAAGCUGUAAAUAAAGUCUAUAGAUUUGAUGUACAAAAAUAUCCACUAAAGAGUAGUAUAUUACAUUAUGAUGAAAAUUAUUUAACUGAUACAGAAGAUGAAAUUGAAUUAUUAUUAUUAGUACAAUCUAAUAAUUCGACAAUGAAUUCAAUGAACUCAUCAAAUAAUAAAAUGUCAAAACGUUCAUUUUCUCAUCGAAACCUUGAUGUUAAACAUCAGCGGCAACAACAACAUCAUCAAUUUGGAAAAUCAAUUUUAUUAAGUUUUGCACUUAGUCUUCAUUCAUUUUUUGAAGGUAUAAGUUUUGGUUUAUUGGAUUCAUUUGAUCAAGUUAUCGGUAUGACUAUAGGUAUGACAAUGCAUCAAUGCAUAUGUGCAGUUACAUUGGGAUUUCGUUUAGCUCAAUCUAGUAUUACACAUACAAAACGUUGUAUUGCUAUCUUUAUAUUAUUGACGUAUUUAUUAGUUUUCCCAACUGGUGUUUUCUCUGGUAAAUGGUUCUAUGAUAUCUUUACUAAUUCAAAUAUUACUAGCCAUAACUUAACUGCUGCUGCUUCUUCUCCUCCUCCUGUUCAACCAAACCACUCAUCUAUUUCUCAUGAAUUUUCAUUGUCUGGUUAUAUUUUUGUUGGUUUAAUACAAAAUUUCGCUGCUUCAUGUUUUGUCUACGUUAUUCUAUUCGAUAUGCUACUUCCUACUGUGUAUUCCAUUGGAAUUAAAAUGUCUCCAACCAAUCAUUGUAUGCAUUCUGUAGUUCGAACAUCUAGCAUGGGUAUUUUAUGCUUCUGUUCGUUAUUUUUAGGAUUUAUAUUUUUUUGCAGUUUAAGAAUUCUUCAUCACAGAUAAAUGAUGAUGGAUGACGUAGAUAGUCACGUACACGUAUACUUGAUUACAAGUACUCUGAACUGAAUUCUCAUAAUAUGACUCUCUCUCUCUCUCUAUAAACAGAAGUACCACAUUGUCUUUCAUAUUUCUAAAGCACAGGAAAAAAAAUAGAAACUCACAGCUGAAUGCCAAGUUUAGAGUAUUCUGAGUGUUUUAGAGAGAACCUCGUUUAUUUGCAUCUUUCUGAAUAUAUGAAUUACAAUUUCACAAAUAUUUAUACAGGGUAAAUUGUUUCCAGUUUAGACUAUUUGUUUAAUAAAUGUUGAUAGAUAUUUAAUAUUUAUGGUGAGUAAUCAAUCAGACAGUACAAUUUUAUGUUAUUGAUCUUCAGUUAUAAAUUAACGGACGUGUUUGUUAAUAUUUCUUGUAAUCAAACUAUUAUAUUUUCUGUUCAAUGUUGAUGUGAUAUACUGUUGACCAAGAUCUGUGAAUAGCUUGUGAAGUUGUCAUUUAUCUCAAUGGCUCAUCUUCUUUCUAAAUAACUUUUUGGUUCAGUUGUUAUUUCUAUAUUGAUUAUUCAAUGAAUAUAUAUAUAUAUAUUGUUGGUUUAUUGGAG